CCGCAAGAUCGACUCCCUCAACGAACCGAUUCUCCACUUGACCGUUCCGAGAUGGACGGGGGUGCGCUUUACCGGAACGGGAAAUUAUACCCUAUCGUCCUAUCUUUCACGUCGAUGCUUGGGGGCCCUUCUUUAACAAACUCGCGGGAGUGAAACCGAACCUUGUUCCCGGAUGUCUCCAAUGCCCAGAAUGAAGAGGCUCACUUGGAAACUUGGGGUAUUGCCUAAAGAAGCAUUCUUACACUGAUGGAUUGAGCUGUAUAUAUAUCGGGUGAUUCGGCUAUGUUGGAGAUGUAGUAGCAUCACACAGUCAACAAGACCUUGACAUCAUCAUACCUACUCGCCACAUUUUUACCACCAAAUAACAUCAUUUCUAUCAUCACAAUGGCCGCCUUCCAACACUACGCCAAGGCCCAAUCAACCUUCCAAAUCCCCCUUCUCGCGGGUGACAACGCUUACCUCGGAGAUGUCUUCUCAAGUGACGAGUCGAACCCUGAGAAGCCCAUCUCAUCCGGUCUCUUCCGUCUGAAGAAGGGUGAGCCCCUCACGUACACCUACAAGUAUGACGAGAUGAAGAUCAUCCUUGAGGGCGACUACACUAUCUCCGAUGAGACGGGUCAGAAGGUCGAGGCAAAGCCCGGCGAUGUCUUCCACUUCCCCAAGGGCUCAACAAUUACCUUCACCACCAGCGACUACGGCCUGGCGUUCUAUGUUGGUCAGCGCAAGAAGAGCGACUUCUGAGGAGAAGUUGGUGUAUCACCUGGGCAGGAAAGAAAGGGCAACAACAGCGAGUUGACCUGGAUUGUGGCAAGAUGACAUAGGAUAUGACCAU